AUGGGGUCGCUCGAUGCUGGAACUUGCGAUUACGCCUGGGCGGAGGUGAGCCCACGUCGUUGGGAGCGCGAUAUCGACGAGGUGGAGCAGUUUUACGCCUCGCUUGCGAAGACCUAUGAAGGGACUGGACGCUGCUGCUUCGCGAUAACAGGGUACAUCUCGUUUUCGGUACAAGGGACGGACUUGGCGGUUGAGAAUGCGCUGCGAAAGGCCUGGGUACGGUUGCGUUUUGAGAAUCCUACAAUCGCGUCCCGCGUUGAGUACGACGGCCAGCGGCAGAAGUGUAGGAAAGUCUAUGAGGCGUUCUCGAGUCCGGAGGCCCAAAAUACCUGGUUGCAAGACACGUUUCGCGUCGUUCGCACUAAGACGUCCGGUCUGCAGUGGUGCAACUCCGACCCAGCUGUUCCUGGUCUUCCAACAAUCUUCUUGAUAAAACGGGCUGCUCGGCAGAGGGGCACGAUGAACGCCGACCUCGUUCUUCGCUGUCGGCAUGAUAUCAUGGAUGGGGUCGGUGCUUUGAUGCUCCUCGAUAGCCUUUUUGCCCAUGCAGCACAAGCGUUCCAUCAAGGCGACGCCUACUCUAUUCCAGUCUUCGAAGACGAGUGGUCGAGACUGAGCCCACCGUUACGUGUCGCCGCCGGUAUUUCACCCAUCUUGAGCAAACAACAAGAAGCUCGCCUUGCCAGGACCGUGUCCUGGAAUGCCGCACUGAAGAAGGAUGUCGAGAUUGCGGGAUUCCCUCAUCGGAAGAAUGCGAUGAAGCCAGGAAAACACCAACGAGUUGCGAUUACGCUGUCUACGGAGUCCACUCAUCGAGUCGUAAAGGCCUGCCGAGCCCUUGGCCUGACCCUGAACCAUGCUUAUCACACUGCCAUCGGCAUCAUCCUUCGUGACCUCCAGAAACGACAGGCGCGAUCGAGAACAGUGCGCUAUGUCAACUAUAAUUUUCUCGACGAGCGUCCACAGUGCCAAGAGCCGUACAACACCGCAUCGCACGCAGCAUCGGUGUACCACUCGGUUUCCGGCGAGUGUCUCGCAGUCGACUUGACUGUUCCAGCGGCCUCGAUAGGAGCGCCAGAGCAGCUCCUCGAUCACAGCAUCCGCCGAAGGCAAGAAUUCAUGAGAGUCGCCAGCGCAGUCCGUCGCUUCGACCUACAGAACCGGAACGACAAGCAACGGAUCCAAAUGGUGCCCUCCUACUGGGCGAUGAUUACCCCUCCGUGGCCAACCGACAACGCGACCCCGGCGAUUCCAGUCCCGUACAAUAAACCAUCGGUAUCUCUUUCGGACCUCGGAGAGAUCGACAAUGUCGUAUCAUCGACGCACGGCGCUUUCAGCCUCGACAACCCUUGGGUGACCAGGGAGCAUCUGGUAACCGGGCUGGCUUUGUUCCUUGGUACGUGGGAUGGACAAUUGACGUUGAGCGCGACAUAUAACGAUGCAUGGCAUACUCGGAACGAGGCGUUGGCGUUCCUCGACCGGUGCAACGUCAUCACUAUACAGGCUCUGGGUGCUUGA